GGGGUCUCCGUGACUCGCUGAAGGAGCGCAGAGCGGAAGCAGCUCAGGGCUGCGGUGGCAGCGGCAUCUGCGAGUCUAGGGCGCGGCUGCGCCCGCGUCUGGGGCGAGUAGAGCUGUCCGUUCAGCACCACCGGCCGCGCCCCACCGCAGCGCCCGCGCCCGGGCUCCCGAGCUGGGGCUCCCGCUCUGCCUCCCGUGGCUGCCCGGCUCGGGGUGUCGUCUCCCCCGGGAGAGGAGCCCGCGGUUCGCCAGGGAGAGGGCGCCUCAGCGAGCUGCGGGGCCACGCAGCCACCUGUGAGCCUCCCGCAACUGCAGGCGGCAGCAGCACCUCCGGCGGGAGAGCAGAGCAGCCGCUCGGCGGACCCGCCCGCGCCGCUCCGCGGGGCGCACACACAGGCGCACACACACUCGCAACAGCGCGCACACGCACAGCCAGUCGGCCGCCGCGGCCGCCGCGAUGCUCGCCGGCAGGUCGGGGAAGUUUCCCGCCGGCCUUGGCUGCGGGCCCCGCUGCUCCCAGGUGUAGCGCCCCCGCGCGUUGCAGGCGGAGUGGCGACUCCAGCAUGACCCGCCAGAGCCUGUGGGACAUGUCGGAGGCCAACUUCGUCGAGGACGGAGAGAUCCGCAUCAACGUGGGCGGCUUCAAGAGGCGUCUGCGCUCGCACACGCUGCUGCGCUUUCCCGAGACGCGUCUGGGUCGCCUGCUGCUCUGCCACUCGCGCGAGGCCAUCCUGGAGCUCUGCGACGACUACGACGAUGUCCAGAGGGAGUUCUACUUUGACCGCAACCCCGAGCUUUUCCCCUACGUGUUGCAUUUCUACCACACUGGCAAAUUGCAUGUGAUGGCGGAGCUGUGCGUCUUCUCCUUCAGCCAGGAGAUCGAGUACUGGGGCAUCAACGAGUUCUUCAUCGACUCCUGUUGCAGCUAUAGUUACCACGGCCGCAAAGUGGAACCAGAGCAGGAGAAGUGGGACGAGCAGAGCGACCAAGAGAGCACCACAUCCUCCUUCGAUGAGAUUCUGGCCUUCUACAAUGACGCCUCCAAGUUCGACGGUCAGCCGCUGGGCAACUUCCGCAGGCAGCUCUGGCUGGCUCUGGACAAUCCUGGCUACUCCGUCCUGAGCAGGGUCUUCAGCGUCCUCUCCAUCCUGGUGGUGUUGGGGUCCAUUAUCACCAUGUGCCUCAAUAGUUUGCCAGACUUCCAAAUCCCUGACAGCCAGGGCAACCCGGGUGAGGACCCCAGGUUCGAAAUUGUGGAGCAUUUCGGCAUUGCUUGGUUCACAUUUGAGUUGGUAGCCAGGUUUGCCGUAUCUCCUGACUUUCUUAAAUUUUUUAAGAAUGCCCUUAACCUCAUUGAUCUCAUGUCCAUUGUCCCCUUUUACAUCACCCUGAUUGUAAACCUUGUGGUGGAGAGUACCCCAACUUUGGCCAACUUGGGCAGGGUGGCCCAGGUCCUGAGACUGAUGCGAAUUUUCCGCAUCUUGAAGUUGGCCAGACACUCCACUGGCCUCCGCUCUUUGGGGGCAACCUUGAAAUAUAGCUACAAAGAGGUAGGACUGCUCUUGCUAUACCUCUCCGUGGGGAUUUCCAUCUUCUCUGUGGUGGCCUACACCAUUGAAAAGGAGGAGAAUGAGGACCUGGCCACCAUCCCUGCUUGCUGGUGGUGGGCCACCGUCAGUAUGACCACUGUAGGAUAUGGAGAUGUGGUCCCAGGGACCACAGCAGGGAAGCUGACUGCUUCUGCCUGUAUCCUGGCUGGGAUUCUAGUGGUGGUACUGCCCAUCACCUUAAUCUUCAAUAAGUUCUCCCACUUUUACCGUCGCCAAAAGCAACUUGAGAGUGCCAUGCGCAGCUGUGACUUUGGAGAUGGAAUGAAGGAAGUCCCAUCUGUCAACUUAAGGGACUACUAUGCCCAUAAAGUAAAAUCCCUCAUGGUAAGCCUGACGAACAUGAGCAGGAGCUCCCCAAGUGAACUAAGUUUAAAUGAUUCCCUACGUUAAGCAGGAGGACCAGUCAUCUUCAACACUUCUUAAUUGAGCUGCAUCUUGUGCCUCUAGCAUAGUCUAGGCACUUUCAGGGGUUACAGCAUAAGGAGUAUGCCCAGCCUCAAAGGGGAGAGAUGCAUGGGAUGUGCAUCCAACUAGGUUGUUUUGCAGUAUUUAGAAUCCCUUUUAGAGGGUGGUGUGUUUGACACCACGCCUUUGCAUCUUUCAACGAAAUGACACUCACUGGUCUUUGCAUCGUGGACAUAAAAUGUUCACCUUUCUGCUGGAUGAGUACCACCCAGAAUGCUAUUUUUUUCUGUUAAUUGUGUACUCUAUUCUAGUGCUUGUGGCCCAGUACUGUCUGUGAGUUGUUUGUGCUCCUGUU